AUGCUCCACCACACUCACCGCCCACCACCUUACGCCACCACGGCCUUGCAGGCACCCCCGCCGUCUCACCAUGACCAACGAACUGGGGUCAUCACGAACAAGACGAGCCACCCGGGAGCGAGGGACAGCACGACAGCAGCCACGCCGGAGGGAACCGCCUCCACCGCCACCUGCGGACGUCGACCGGACGCGUCGACCAGAUCACACCGGGCCCACCAGGCCCAGCCGAGCCCGAGCGGGCUCGUGAAGAUCCGGUCUCCAUGCUGCAGCGUACGCGCCGCCGGCAGCGCCAUCCCCCACUCCGGCCGCCCCUCCGUCCGUCACGAGGACCACCGCUGGGUAGGGAGCCGGCCCACCCGGACCCAGAUAGAGCCCAAAGGGCCUAGAUCUGGGCCAGUCAGGCGCUGCCCCGAGCCGCCGCGCCGUCCCGUGGCCAAGGGGCCAUGCCACCGCCUCGUCGCCACCCGCCGCCGCGCCGCCCGGGGGGACGCGCCGCCGCCGGAACCCCCGCCGGCCAGGGAGCACCGCCGCCUGCCCGCCAGCCCCCGCCUCGGAGAGGAACGCGCCGGGUAG